AUGGUGGGUAAGAUCCCCGGUUUGGUUUCGCUGAAGGCCGGGCAGCCGUUGCCUAUCAGUGUUCCCCGUGCCAAGGGGUUUGAUAUGGGGAUUGUGGCUGUGAUGGAGUCCCCCGACGCUGUGGCUUCUUAUGCUACGCAUCCGGUCCACCUUGAGUUUGUUUCCGCCUACCCUGUGACAGGUGCGUUUGAAGUGGCUGAUGAGGGACUGUAG